CGGCGUCACGUGAACCGAGGGGAGUGAGAGCCCAGAGAGCCGCGGCAAGCUAGUGGUCCGCAGCAGCUAUUCGCGGGUCAGCGGGCGAGUGAGUGAGAGUCCGAUCGGCGGCUCGGCCCACGGCCGCCGCAGAACCGGAGCCAGACCGCUGCCCUCAGCCCAGCCCGCUGGGCCUCAGGACUGCCGGGGCCUGGCCACCGGCCCGGCGUGAGACAAGUUCAGGUGCAGGCCAAGGGGGUCUUCUCUACAGGUUCACUAGAUGGUUGUGAAGUCACAUGAGCCACCAGUGGCACGGCCAGGUCAGCAUGGUGGACCACUUGCUUCCAGUGGACGAGAACUUCUCGUCGCCUAAGUGCCCAGUUGGUUAUCUGGGAGAUAGGCUGGUAGGCAGGAGGGCAUACCAUGAGCUGCCCUCGCCCCUCUCAGAAGAUGACAGCGAUGCCUCUAGCCUCUGCUCUUGUGCCAGCCCUGACUCACAAGCCCUGUGCUCCUGCUAUAGCAGUGGCCCAGGCACUGAAGUUCAGGACAGCAUCUUGGACUUCCUGCUAUCCCAGGCUACACUGGGCAGUGGUGGCAUUGGGGCCAGCAGUGGUCCUGUGGCCUGGGAGGCCUGGCGAAGAACACCAGCACCUGUGAAGGGAGAGCAUUUCUGUUUCCCGGAGUUUCCUGUGGGUGACCCUGAUGAUGUCCCAAGGCCCUUCCAGCCCACCCUGGAGGAGAUUGAAGAGUUUUUGGAGGAGAAUAUGGAGCUGGGUGUCAAGGAGGCCCCAGAAAGCAACAAGGACCCAGAGGCCUGCAGUCAGCUCCCAGCUGGGCCACACAGGAGCCACCUCCAUUCUGGGUCUGGGAGAGAACGCUGUGCUCCCCAACCAGGUGGUGCCAGUGUGGGUGAUACUCAGGGCCCAAGUCGGGGUCCUGCACUUGAUGGCCCCAUCCCCUUGCUGCUGCAGAUUCAGCCUGUGCAGGUGAAGCAGGAAUCAGGCACAGAACCCUCCUCCCCUGGACAGGCCCUGGAGAGCGUUAAGGUAGCCCAGCUCCUGGUCAACAUCCAGGGGCAGACCUUUGCACUCCUGCCCCAGGUGGUGCCCUCCUCAAACUUGAACAUGUCCUCCAAGUUCGUGCGCAUCGCCCCUGUGCCCAUUGCUGCCAAGCCCAUUGGGUCAGGACCUCUGGGGCCAGGUCCCACCAGCCUCCUCAUGGGCCAGAAGUUUCCCAAGAACCCAGCAGCAGAACUCAUCAAAAUGCACAAAUGUACUUUCCCUGGCUGCAGCAAGAUGUACACCAAAAGCAGCCACCUCAAGGCCCACCUGCGACGGCACACAGGCGAGAAGCCCUUUGCCUGUACCUGGCCAGGCUGUGGCUGGAGGUUCUCUCGCUCAGAUGAACUGUCUCGGCACCGGCGUUCACACUCAGGCGUGAAACCCUACCAGUGUCCCGUGUGUGAGAAGAAGUUUGCACGGAGCGACCACCUGUCCAAGCAUAUCAAGGUGCACCGCUUCCCCCGGAGCAGCCGCUCAGUACGCACUGCCAACUGACCUCCGCCCCCAUCCCCAUCCACCCACACAACCAUUACCACUGCCGCCCACCCCGCCCCAUCCCCCAUCGCUGGGAUCACCCAGAUAUUUUGUAGCAAUAAUUUAUUUGCCUCCUUCAGAGGGAUUUGACAAUGUUACCAACCCAGGAGCACGGGUUGGUAUGGGAAGAGGGGGUUGGCCUGGGAGGCAGGAACCCAGAGUCCCCCAACCUGCUGCCUUUCCUGGGGAGACCCAGCUCUUGACCUGGAGGCCGGCCUUUGUGCCUUUGCGCCUUCGUGCCUUCCUGCACUGCUGCACAGGCCUCUGUUGCAGUGUCUGGGGGCCUGGCCCUCCUCCCACUGGGCUCUCUGCCUAGGCCAGGGCCAAUACUUUAUUGCCCAGGAAGAUGAAAUGUUCAGUUUUGAAAUGUCAAUUCCCACAGGGAGCCACACUGGGAAAAAGGAAGUAGGCCAAAUGCCCUCGGCUACACUGUGAUGUGCAGGUGGCUUUGUCCAAGAUCCUUCACUUAGCCUGACCACCACAAGUUAUGGGUGAGGCUGUUAGGGGUGCAGGACCUGACCUCCUGGAGGCUGCAGGAUUGGGGUGAAAAGGCCCCUCUUUGGGGGACUGACAGUGCAUGUGCUUCAGUUGAAUGUGCAGGGCAACCAGACAGAUACAGGUUAGCUCCAGGGCAUCUGUACCCAGUGUAGCUCAUCCUCUCAUCCUGUUUCCAGACAGCAGCCUCUAGGGUCACCUUUCUGGAGGAGAGGGGAAUAGGCUGCAUAGCGUGUAGAAGAAGCAGAUAGAGUCCCCAAUCCUGACUUAGAAAUGCAUUCCUUAUUUUGACUAGAAAUUAAUAUCAAAUGAACUAGCUUGUUUUGAUAGGUUUAUUUCACAUCCUAUGAAUGUAUGUAAAUAAAUUGUACAUAGGUACAUCUACAUAAAAUCUUUUAAUAACAUCAGCAUUUGUGUAAA